GAGAAAGAAAAGUUUUUCCGUGAGAUAUGGACGAGCUUGGAAACAAAGGAUGCGUCUCUGCAAAACCAUAUUCAAAGGGAAAGGAUGUUUGCUGUUGGAUUUCAUGAAAAUGAAUGCAUUGAAAAAAUCAAGCUGUCAGUUGUUGAUGUUGUCCAAAAUCUUGAUCACUGGGGUGAAAAACUUCCGCACUCCUGGGCUAUGUUUGAAAACUUCUUCCAGGAAAAGAAAAACCUUAAAAUCAUCAACAAAGAGACACUUUUGGCUUUCAAUGAAGCAUUGCCACAAGAAUUGAAGUUGGGAACAGUCGAUGAUAUUAACACCAUGUUGCAGUUUUUCCAUGACAUCAGAGAAAUUUUACACUUUGACCAAGAAUCUCUGAGAGGAAUAAUAAUUCUUGAUGUUCAAUGGUUUGCAGAUGUUCAAUGGUUUGCAGAUGCAUUCAAAAAUGUCAUUACUGAUAAAAACCAUGCGGCUGAGGACCUAUUUAAGCUUGCCUCACAAUGGGACAAAUUCAAUGAAACUGGAGAACUCAGUGACACACUGCUGUCUGCGAUAUGGGAAAUGAACAACAAUGGGUACCUUGAACACAAAGAAGAUAUCAUGCGCUACAUGGAGAAGCUAGGACUCUUGGCUAAAAUGGAAGACAGCAAUUGGUAUGUUCCCUGUAUGAACAAAAAAACAUUUCCUGUACAUAGUUUUUCAUCAUACACCGCCUCCUCCAUCCUAUGCUACAUGUUUGAUGUUCUUCCUGCUGGAAUUUUUCAGCGUCUUGUAGCAAGUUGUGUGCAGUUUCCAUGGAAAAUUGUCAAAGUAAAUGAAGACGGAAAAGAACAACCAUGCAUUUACCAGACAGCGGCCGUGUUUCUGUUCGAGAAACACUGUGUUCUGCUUGGAAUGACCCAAUCAGAAAUUCAGUUGCAGGUGUACGUUAUUGAGGGAGAAGUUGAUAUACCCACAUGUAUCAAGAUAAGAGAGAAAAUUGAAGAUGAAUUGCACACUCUGUCCUCUACAUUUCAAAGAAACUUGAAAUUCCAAGUUGGCUUUAAAUGCAAACCUAUUGGCUUUUGUGACAGUAAAAAAAGUCACGUGAUCAAGGAAUCUGAGCUAACAGAGCCGACUCUUUUGUGCCCUUCCUGUCCUGUAGAGAAAAAGCACAAUAUUGACACAACAGAAAUCCUCGAAUACUGGAAACAGAUGAGGACAAGCGCUUCCACAACUCCAAUCGCCUCAGGACGCGACCUGGGGGACCAAACUAGAUUUGCAAAACUCGGAAUGGCAACAAACGAUGUGUUAAAUCAGGCAUACAGAGAUAUACUGGAGUUGGAGGUGUCACCUUCUGACAUUGAGAACAAAGUCAAAGCAUCACCUGUUUAUAAAAGAUUGCGCCCGGAACAGGAGCAUACCUUGCAGGAUGCUAAACAUUCUGGAUAUAAAAAUUUUGAUAUCUCGUUAACUUACAUGUUGAUCAGAAAUAUUUGUAAGAAGGUUCCUAAACCAACAAAGCGAAAAUGGGGAGACGAGCCUGCAGCAGGAGAGGAAACCGUGGGUGAUGAUAUCGAGAGAAUUAGGUCAAUCCGGAACGGUUUGACUGCACAUGUGAGCUCAGCCUCCACAUCAAAGUCAGAAUUCCAGAAAAUCUGGUCCAUUAUCUCAGAUAUCUGCAAAAGAUUGGAAACUUAUACUGGAAAGAAGUAUUUGGAUGACCUCAAUAAAAUCCAAAAAUUGACCUUGAGAAUGGAAGAUGAAAAUGCCAUUAUAGAAAAGAUCAAAAUGGAAAGUCUGCAUAAAAUGGUGAAAAAAUUGUGUUUAGAUAUGGAAGAUGUGAAAGCAGCAGUAGAAAAGGCUUGAAAUGAAGCAUGCAUGGAAUUAAGAGUGUAAAUAUGAACUUUUCCUUUGAUACAAGGAAAGUAAAAUGUGUAUUAUUUUAUAUAAACUAAGUAGUUAUAUUCCAGUUAAAAAUUAAUCUUUUUUUCUAAUAAUAGAUACAAGUAAAUAGAUCUGAAUUUUUUUAGUAAACUUGAUUUGUAUUCAAAUUAAAAAAGCACUGAUCAUGAAUUUGAAAAUAUUUUAUCUGUGACUUUAGAAAGACAAGACAACUAAAUAUGUAACACUGAGUGAUCAUAUUACAUGUAUAUCAAAGAAAAUAUUUGGAAAGUCAAAGUGCAUAUAUUGAAACUGUAUUAUAUGUAUGAUUGAUUGUAUAUUGUUUAACGCCGAGUCGGCAAUUUUUCAGCCAUAUUUCGGCAGACUAUUAGGUUAAUGGAUCAGUAAAGUUUUUGGUUUCUCUGGCUAUUAUAUGUAUGAAUUAUAUGUAUGAAUCAAAAUUUAGCUGUGUAUCAGAUUAAGUUAUAGUGGAUGUUAUGAAUCUGCUACUUUCUCAUACAUGUACUUCAGAAUGACCUUUUAGGUCACCUAGACUCAGGUGACUUAUUGUUAUCUGUUUUCGUCCGUUGUGUGUUAACAUUUGAACAUUUUCAGCUUCUUCUCUGCAACAGCACAACCAAUUUAAACCAAAUUUGGUACAAUACAUCUAUGGGUACAGGGGAAAAAAUAAAUGUGAAUUUUAUUGUCCCUGUCCCCCUGGGGCCUUAGGGGAGGUGCCAAAACCACAAGAAUUAAUGUAAUCCUUAAAAAUCCUCUUCUUUAGUCCUAAACAUGAAGCAGUAAAACUGUUGGCAUGAUUGUAAUCAGCAUGGAAUCCUCUACCAAAAUUGUGGAAUUCAUGGCCUCAUGAUCAGGGGUCCUAGUACUUGGACGAGGCUAAAUAGAUUAUAUAGUGAAAAUGCAUAUUUUUAAUUAUGACAUUUCAUAGUUAUGUUUAGCAAAAAUGCCUCAUCCAAAAUUAUUAAUUUUAUGGCCCCAGGGUCAGGGAGUUUGGUGUUAGGGCGGGCGCUAUUGAUUAUGUAGUGAAAUUGCAUAAAUUCUUUGAAAAUCUUCUUUUCUAGACCUGGGUAUUAAAUAGUAUUUGUUAUGAUCAGCAAGCAAGAAUGUCUCUUUUACAAUUUUAAUUUCCAUGGCCCCAGGGUCAGGAUUUCUUAUUUUAAUGUGGAGCUGUAUUGGUUCUAUAGUGAAAAUACAUUAAUCCUUUAAAACUCUUUUCCUUUGUUUAAGGGCAUUAAAUUAAUGAACUACAUAACUUUGACGAGGAAGGGUGGUUCUUCCCAAUUUAUGAAUUACAGUGCCACUGGGUCAGGGGUUCUGAUGUUAAGUCGGGGAUCUAAUGACUAUAUAGUUAAGAUACAUGAAGUACCGGGGUAUUUGAAAAUAUUUUUCUUAGCUCCUGGUAAAUAUGACAAUGAUCCAAUUACUUAUGAUAACAAAAGUUCCCUCUUUCCAAAUGAUUAAAUUUAGGUCCCCUGACAGGGGUAGAGAGGGUUAGGAUCCUUUGUCUGAUAAUGAAUUAAUGCCAGGAGAUCUGCUCUUUGGUGUGAUGAAAUAAAAUUUGUAAAAUUUUGAAAUAUGUGGGCCCCAUUGUCGGUGGUUCGUAUGGGGGUAGGUUUGAGUGCACAACUGGUGGUUAUAAUGUUGAAAUAUAUAUUUUCACUUUGUUAUUCUGAACUAUCUCUGAGCAUUAAGUAACUAAAGUAAGCAUGCUAAGUGUAAAAUUAUGAGAAUUAUACAUGUACCUCUUUCAAAUUUAUGAAUUUCAUUGCUUUUGGUUUAAAGUACGAACCAAAUUCAAUUGUUGGAAAGUUGUUACAUGAUUCUCUGGUGACCUAUAAAGCCAAUCGGACUCUUGUGUAAUUAACAUGAAAAAAACUAUCAGAUAAUUCUUUUGUCUAAUUCUUUAUUUAUUUUACACAAUCUGUUUCAUUGUUCAUCAUACAAAAUAUGGAAUUUUUAGGAUUUUUUACAGAUUGUUUUUUAUAAGGAGAGAUUGUGAUAGAGGGCGGAAGAGAGAAGGUGAAAGAGUCAGAGAUCUAGAGUUGGCAUGUUAAAUCCUUUGAAUAAUAAAUAAGACUUUCAUUUUUUAACAUUUUAUAUAUAAGA